CAUCUUUCGUUUAAUGUAGAAACUACUCUUGCCAAAUUUUUAAUGAAAACAGUCAAUAAAAUGUCUUUUUCAUUCAAUUUUCAACUCCCAGAUGAUUCAGAGACAAGCCUUAAUAAACCAGGAACAAGUAAAAGUGGGAGAAAAACUCAAAAUUCACCAUUGACAAAAAAGAAAAGGAAAGAUGAUGAAACUUCUCAAACUCCAAUUCUAAAACCAGCUGAGAAAGUUUCAAUUCAAGAGGACCAGCUCCAUGACGUUCCAAGUGACCGGGAGAAUGUUCAGGCCUUGCAGUUAGAGGAUGGCAGCUUUUUAUUUUAUAUGUGUUCCAAAGAUGACGUGGUGGAUGAAAUUGUGUCUGAGUCAAAGGAAUCGGGUGAAGACAAGUCCAGUCUCUCAUCUGAUUUGAUACCAAAUGUAUAUGAAGGAGGUCUUAAAACUUGGGAAUGCUCUGUAGACUUGGUGCACUAUCUGUCAUUGGAAGAUAUCGCAUGGAGGGGGAUAAAUGUAUGUGAGAUAGGCUGUGGAAGUGGUUUACCGGGACUGUAUGCCUACAUACAAGGAGCUACUGUCACAUUUACUGAUUAUAAUAAAGAAGUUUUGGAGAAAGUCACUAUCCCAAAUACCAUCCUAAAUAUAGAAGACCCAGAAAAUUCUGAUUUGAGUUCUGUCUCAUCUCGGUGUCAGUUUUUGGCCGGAGACUGGUCCUACGUGCAGGAGCAACUGGAUCAGAGAUUUGACGUUAUUUUGACUUCUGAGACAAUAUACAACCCUGCUAACUAUAAAAAGCUUUAUAACAUCAUGGAGAAACUUUUGAAAGAUUCAGGAAAAAUAUUCAUUGCUGCUAAAACAUACUAUUUUGGAGUUGGUGGAGGCACCAGAGAUUUUGAGGAUAUGGUAAAAAACCUUGGGGAAUUCUCAAUAAAGAUUGUUAAACUUUUUGAAGAAGGUGUCCAGCGAGAGAUUCUGCUCAUGGAACGAGUGACAAGAUGAUAUUUGAUUAGUUAGGGAUUAUAGCAGAAGCACUUUUAAGCCAAAUGAGAACAUGCUUUUGCUACAUUGUACAUGUACAUGUACAUGUACAUGUACAUGUAUGCUCCCUCACCGUAAUAAACUACAACAUUGUGAAUCAUUUAGUCAAUGGUAUGACCAUUGCCUAUUGUCUGUGGGAAGCAAUUGAGCUUGAGUUAUUUUGUAUGAAUAAAUCCUAUUCUUGA